GCGUUUUCCUGUGGGAAGGACCACGCUAUGAAGACUUCGGUUUUAGUCUACGUCAGCCCUGGACCAAUCACCGUUCGGCUGUGUUGGUUUCGGUUGUGAGCCGGUUGCUGGUGCUGCUCGUACGGGUGGCAACAUGGUGCUGUCUGAGCUGGCUGUGGAGGGGCAGAUAUUCUACGCCGUGCUGCUCUUCUCAUGGGUGGUGUAUGUGUGGGAGGCCUAUCUGGCCAGCAGGCAGAGAAAGGUAUAUCGGACUACAACACAUGUGCCUUCUGAACUUGGUAAUAUUAUGGAUUCAGAAACGUUUGAGAAAUCUCGCCUUUAUCAGCUUGAUAAAAGUACCUUCAGUUUUUGGUCUGGAUUGUACUCUGAAAUAGAAGGCACACUCAUUCUUGUUUUAGGAGGGAUUCCUUUCCUGUGGAAUGUGUCAGAACAUGUACUGUUUCGUGGAGGCUUCACUUCAGAGUAUGAGAUUACUCACUCGCUGAUGUUCCUGUUACUUUCCACACUGUUCAGUUCCCUGACUGGUCUCCCAUGGAGCUUAUACAGUACCUUUGUUAUUGAAGAAAGGCAUGGCUUCAACCAACAGACCCUUGGAUUCUUCUUCAAAGAUGCCGUAAAGAAAUUCUUGGUCACUCAGUGCAUUCUUCUUCCUGUUACAUCUCUUUUGCUGUAUAUAAUCAAGAUUGGCGGUGACUAUUUCUUUGUCUAUGCAUGGCUCUUCACUCUAGUGGUGUCUCUGGUACUUGUAACAAUAUAUGCAGACUAUAUUGCACCCUUGUUUGAUAAAUUCACCCCACUUCCUGACGGAGAGCUAAAGGAUGCUAUUGAAACAAUGGCAAAAAGUAUUUCCUUUCCACUGACCAAAGUUUAUGUUGUUGAAGGCUCAAAACGGUCCUCUCACAGCAAUGCAUAUUUUUAUGGAUUCUUUAAAAACAAGAGGAUUGUUUUGUUUGACACACUCCUGGAGGACUACUCGCCACUAAACAAAGACAACGCAGAAGAGACCUUAGACGAUGAAACUGCUGAAAUGAAGUUGAAAGCCAAGAAUGCUAAUAAGAAGCAAGGCUGCAACAAUCCUGAAGUUCUGGCUGUUCUGGGACAUGAGCUGGGCCACUGGAAGUUGGGCCACACAGUAAAGAACAUAGUCAUUAGUCAGAUGAAUUCGUUUCUCUGUUUUUCUUUAUUUGCCGUGCUCAGUGGCCGAAAAGAACUUUUUGCUGCAUUUGGAUUCCACACAGCACAACCCACUCUCAUAGGCCUGAUGAUAAUCUUUCAGUUCAUCUUUUCUCCAUACAAUGAGGUUCUCUCAUUUUGUUUGACUGUGCUGAGCCGAAGGUUUGAGUUCCAAGCUGAUGCAUUUGCUAAGAAUCUUGGAAAAGCUAAAGAUUUGUAUUCUUCCCUAAUUAAACUAAAUAAGGAUAAUUUGGGAUUCCCAGUUUCAGAUCAGAUGUUUUCAAUGUGGCAUUAUUCUCACCCUCCCCUGUUGGAAAGACUACAAGCUCUGAAAGGUGACAAGCAAAACUGACAGUAUUUGCAAUCACCAAAAAAUAAAACAAGAAGAAAACUUACACAAGUAUCAUUAGGUUUCUUUUGUCCCCCUUUGUCAGUUUGAAAUUCGACAUAGUUCUAUACCAAGUUAUGAUUCUAAAUGUAUCUGUGAUACAUUGAAUAAGGGGACAUUUUAAGGACCUGAGACGUGUAUAAAAUGUAAAUGACAUGUUUUUUCCUAAAAUGAAUUUAUGCUUUUAAUUGACAUGUUUAAAAAGCCUUAUGUUGCCUUUUUAUUAAUUUAAAUGGACUUUGUUUGCUUCAGACUUUUUUCCCCAGCGAUUUAUUGUGGUUCUUGUGGCGUUGAACAAGGGCAUUUUACUGUAAUAUAUGUGAAGUUCAUUUAUUUUUUUUCCUUGCAGCAGUUAUUCCAGAAAAAACAUUUUGUCAGUAAAGCUGCAAUUCAAAUAAAAACUUUAUAUGAAACCAUAAA